AUGAUCUUUACCAGUACGCCUGUUUCGAAUAAAUUAUCGUCCCUCAUCGAAAGAGAUGAGUCGCCUGACAAUGGUCCUUCCGCAAUUGACGCCUUGGUUUCUUCCCCUACUGCUUCCAAUAUAGAACCAAACCCUGUUCAGUUUGGCAUGCUCUCUGCCGCCGUUCACACACCACCGUCCAGUCCUCGUAUGAUCUCUAGCAAUGACGAGAUGCAUUCAAGUAAAAUCCAGCAAAGUGCAAAAAAGCCUUUGCAAGCACAAGGACCGCUCAGCUCGCAUCCCAUGAAUCAACUACCGCGCUCUCCGUCAAAGAUCGCGGUUCCUGUUGGAACGCAUCGCACACCUGACAAAAAACAUGCUGACCAAACUCAGCCGCUGGUCUCACCGGCAUUUGAAUUCUGUUUCGACCAGCCAGCAUCGAAAUUGAGCCAUGAUGCAAGGAAGAUCAUGGACAGUGUGCGUGAAGAAGCAGCUAGGAUCAAGGCACAGAUGAAGGAAAAGCGUGAAAUGCAGGAACAAUCUGAUGAGCAAGCCAGUCAAGGACCCGGCCCCUCCAUUCUCGCUGGUAGGCAGAUAAAGAAAGCGAAAGGAAAGUCCGGCCGUUAUAGCGAAGCUCACCGCGAACAAUUCAAAAUGAUGGACUCGAUAGCAAGCCAUGGGUCAACGUGGAAGACCAAACUACAGAGCGCUGCUUCCUCGCCACUCAAGCGAAGCCCAUCAAAAGCCGGGCUAGAUGAAGCCCAAAACUCCAUCCUUCGUUCUAAAUCCUCCAGGAAUGUCCAGGACUUCGACGGCGAUCGACUAGAAAAUCCCACGCCUGGAAAGAAACUUAAAAGAUGUCAUCGCGAAGACGUCUCUUCUGCUGGAUCUGCCCUAGGAAACCCUUCCUCAGCUUCUACAGAGCACCCAAAAAGGCUGCCUCCUUUUGACCUACCAAGCGCAGCCACUACUCCUACCAAAGCUUCCUUGGCUCGGUCAGCUAGUGUGAAGAGCUUCAAAACGUCAAUGAUUCCGUCCUUGACCAAAUCUGUCUCAAUGAAAACGCUAAAGAGCACUCGUGUGCCAAUGACUGAACCAAGCAACAAGCGCCAGGGUUCUUGGUCAAGGUUUGGAGGGAACGUCAAGUCCAUACUAUCCCGUGCACAGCCCAAAUUCUCCAAUGACCCUUUGAAAAUCGCAGGGGGUACACACUUGCCUAUGCCGAAGGAAAAGCCGGAUAUGGAGAAGAGUCUGCCCAGAUCGCCUGGUACACCAACGAUCAAGCAUGUCAACUUCACCCCCAGCACCAGAUCUCGACAUGAGGCCGCAACUACCUCAAUCAUCCAGACUCCAUCCAAGAUUGCUGUCAGACCCUCGACAGAACCACGGGUCACAACAAUCAAGAUACCGUUGAACGAUGAGCCAAUCUUCUACCCUGACCUCGCUCAAUCGCCGCACGUCACGACUUCGCGAGGACGAUCUCCCAAACCAACGCCAGCGCCUCGUCAGCCCUCUGAAAUGCCAGGCGACUUCACAUUCCGCGCGGACACCGGUAGCGCUAUCACUUUCAACCCUCAGAACAACACCACUUCCCCCGUCAGAAGCCUCGCCCAAUCUAGCAUCCCCUGUAGUGCAGCCCGUACAAUUCGUCCGGUCCGCCCAUCUGGCACCGCCCCAAGCACCAGCCUACCAGGCACAUUCCCCACCAUUUCCUCCCCGGUACCACUCUCUGGGGGUGGAAUCGAGCACGGUAUCGCGAACAAAAAGCGCAAGCACGACGACUCCUCCGACACCGAGCAAGGAGACAAUACUGAGAAUAUUGAUCCCAAUACCACGAGUAAUGUACCAAGCAAAGACGCCGUGAAGGACGAAGAUGGCCCGAAGGCCAAGAAACAGCGCACCGUACAAGCCGAACCGAGGAAGACUCCAGGGAGUGCUCGACGCCAGACUAGCUUCGGAGGCGCGAUGGGAUCGCCGAAGAAGAAAGGCGGCCUGAGUCUUAGUAGGCUGAAUAUGCUUGCGAGACCGAAGCAGCGCUAG